AUGGACUUGAAAUCAGUUGAAGAUCUCAAAGGAGUUCUCCGGCCUGACUUCUUUCAUGGUUAUGCCACUGCCGCGGCACAGAUUGAAGGCGCUUGGGACAAGGACGGCAAGGGAGUUUCGAUCUGGGAUACUUUCGGCCAUACCCCCGGUAAAGUCUCGGACGGGAGCACGGCUGACGAUGCCGUUCGAGCGUACGACUUUUACCGUGAAGAUGUGGCUUUGAUGAAGUCCUAUGGUGUAAACGCCUACCGAUUCUCCCUUGCCUGGUCGCGCAUCAUCCCAUUAGGUGGUCGCGACGACCCCGUGAAUGAACAAGGUAUCCAAUACUAUUCCGAUCUUAUCGACGAGCUCAUCCGAAAUGGGAUCACUCCAUUUGUCACUCUUUUUCACUGGGAUACCCCUCAGACUCUGGAAGAUCGGUAUGGAGGCAUGUUGAACCAAGAGGCUUACACCCCGGAUUUCGUGCGCUACGCACGAGUCUGUUUCGAGCGGUUCGGUGAUCGUGUUAAGCACUGGAUCACUUACAAUGAGCCUGGAGUCUAUACACUCGCUGGUUAUGCCGCUGGCGUACAUGCCCCGGCACGCUCCUCAUUUCGCGAUCGCAAUGCCGAAGGCGACUCGUCAACAGAGCCUUUUAUUGUCGCUCACACGGAGCUUGUGUCCCAUGGUCAUGUCUCUCGGAUGUACCGCGAAGAGUUCCAGCCACACCAGAAAGGCACAAUUGGAAUCACUCUUCACGGCAACUGGUCCGAGCCAUGGGAUGAAGAUGAUCCAUUGGAUCAGGCCGCUGCUGAGCGGGCUCGCGAGUUCGAAAUUUCUUGGUUUGCGGACCCUUUGUAUAAGACAGGCGAUUAUCCCGCAUCAAUGCGUGCACAACUGGGCGAUCGUUUACCACGUUUCACGGCCGAGGAAUCCAAACUUGUGCUCGGCAGCUCGGAUUUCUAUGGCAUGAACAGCUAUACGACAUUUUUCGUGAAACACAAAACCACGCCCGCUGAUAUCAAUGACCAUAAGGGCAACGUGGAAAGCCACGAUGAGAAUAAACACGGUGUCUCGCGAGGCGAAGAAAGCGACACACCUUGGCUUCGCGCUGCGCCCGGUGGUUUCAGGAAGCUUUUGAACUGGAUCUACAAGAGAUACCAGAUGCCGAUCUAUGUCACAGAAAACGGCACGACUGCGAAAGGAGAGGUUGCUCCUACACCGGAGGUUCUCAACGACACCUUCCGCAUCAAAUUCUUCGAAGGCUAUGUUGGUAAUGCAUUGGCUCGAGCUGUUAAAGAAGAUGGGGUAGACAUUCGGUCUUAUUUCGCAUGGACCUUUACGGAUAAUUGGGAAUGGGCCGCUGGAUAUUCAGAUCGAUUUGGGUGUACAUUUAUUGACUACGAGUCGGAGGAGAAGAAGCGCUACCCUAAACAGUCUGCUUACUACCUGGACAAGGUGUUCAAGCAUUUGAUUCAGCAGGCAUAGAGGCUUGGUUUAGGUGUCUUCUUUGCUUGAACUGGCAAAGUUCUUGCUAUUUCUUAUAGUAGAAGAACGAGAAGAAUGAUAUGCUACUUGUACGGAAA